AUGGAUAUCCUUAAAGCAGAGAUCUCAAGGAAGCGGAAGCUGGUGGAGGACAAGAAGCUGCUUGGGGAAAAUAAAAGAUACUUCAAACAGAGUGAACUUUCCAAAAAAGAAGAGGAAGCAUACUUUGAAAGAUGUGGCUACAAGGUACAGCAAAAAGAGAAGGAUCAGAAACCAUUACCUUCAUCCAAUCUAGUAUUAGAACUGGAAAUGGCAGAGGAAAAAUCACCUGUGACUCUUUCAAGGCAUGAGGUCAUCAGGCAGUUAAGAGAAAGAGGACAACCAGUUAGAUUGUUUGGAGAAACUGAUUAUGAGGCAUUUCAACGUUUAAGAAAGAUAGAGAUUCUCACACAAGAGGUUAACAAGGGUUUAAGGAAUGACUUGAAGGCAGCUUUGGAUAAGAUUGAUCAACAGUACCUUAAUGAAAUGGUUGCUGGUCAAGAACCAGGAGAAAAGGCCACACAGAAUGACCUGAAGGUCCAUGAAGAAAACACCACUAUUGAAGAAUUAGAGGCACUGGGAAAAUCCUUAGGAAAGGGGGAUGAUUGUGAAGACAUGAAUAUCAUAAUCAAAGUCCUUAAGUUUCUCCUUGGAGUUNUUUUCUGA